GAGCGGGCGCGCGAGCGGGGCUCCGCGUUAUUGACCCCCCGGUUCGGAACGGGACGCGGGGGUGGCUGAAUGUGACUCGGGGUUUUCGCUUCGUUUCAAUGGAUUGACGACGACCAUUCCCCCCCUCCCGACCCACCACCCCCCCCCCCCUGCGAGUCCUCUUGAUUACAGCCCACUCGACCGGGGAGCGAUGCGCGAGUACAAAGUGGUGGUCCUCGGCAGCGGCGGGGUCGGGAAAUCCGCCCUCACCGUCCAGUUCGUCACCGGGACCUUCAUCGAGAAGUACGACCCCACCAUAGAGGAUUUCUACCGCAAGGAGAUCGAGGUGGACUCCUCGCCGUCGGUCCUGGAGAUCCUGGACACCGCCGGCACCGAGCAGUUCGCCUCCAUGCGGGACCUUUACAUCAAAAACGGCCAAGGCUUCAUACUGGUCUACAGCCUCGUCAACCAGCAAAGCUUCCAGGACAUCAAGCCGAUGAGGGACCAGAUCAUAAGAGUGAAAAGGUACGAAAAGGUUCCGGUGAUCCUGGUGGGGAACAAGGUGGACCUGGAGAGCGAGAGGGAGGUGUCGUCCAGCGAAGGCCAGGCUCUGGCUGAGGAGUGGGGCUGCCCUUUCAUGGAGACCUCGGCCAAGAGUAAAACCAUGGUAGACGAACUGUUCGCCGAGAUCGUUCGGCAGAUGGACUACGCCGCCCAGCCGGACAAGGAUGACCCCUGCUGCUCCUCUUGCAAUAUACAAUAGCCCCGAAGGCCUGCGGCGUAACGGGCCUCGGCAAGAGGUCUGCUUAGGAGAAAUCACUCACGAGAGAAAUAUAAACACGGACAUGAGCGCGCACAUGCCUACACACACACACACACACACACACAAACACACACUCAUACACCAACUAAAUGGAAGACUGAAGAAACUCCUGGUCGAACUCAUUUUAACUCUUUGGUGCAUAAAGUCAGUCAUGACAUAAUAACAAGAAUGACAUGUCAGUAAUAAGUAGAUUUGAAUGGAACGAAUUUGCCGCCACAGAAAUUUGACGAAAAGGAACGCGCACUCGCCUUAUGUUACUCGUAUGUAUUUUGUUGUUUCGGUUUUAUUUUGUUUUUGUCUUUUGGGUUGUGAACACACACACACACACAAAAAAAAAUCUUGUACUUACCAUUUGUGCAGAAUAGUUGAACAGCUUAUCUGCAGUUCGGGUUGUCCCGCGAUCCGCUUCCGUCAGUGUUUCCCUAAAGCCUUCCCCCCCCCUCCCCCUCCUCCUUCUUCUUCUGUUUUUGUAGAGGUGGGGGGACAACUGGUGCGACCCCGUUUCUCACAGCUUGACUAGCCAAAGGUUUCAGCAUUUGACGCUGCCUUGACCAAGUAAGCACUAGCUACUGUACACAUACCCGAGGGCAGACGGGCCUCCUGUUCCCGUUCUUUUAAAACAUGGAUGAGUAAUUGAUUUGUGUGGAAAGGUUUCUCUCGGCUUGCCCUUUUUCUUGUGGUGGUCAGCGGCGGGGGGGGGGGGAUUUUGUAUUCGACACAGGCAGAACCAAAGAGGUGACUUUAACUCGAAAGCGCCUCCGUUUUUGUUAUUUUGUUUCAUGUUAUUGUGAUUAUUUGUAUGGAGGAACGGAAUCAGAAUGGCGGGAAAGCGGGCGUCUUUCCCUUUACUUGCAGAUAUAUCUUCCCCCCCCGUUUCCUCAUUUUUGGAGAGUUGAUGGUCCGUCACAUUAUCGUGUGACGUUUUGUUUUCCUUUCCUUUUCUUUUCUUUCUUCCUCCGACUGCAGAUUGCUGUGCGUUAACAUGUGUGACCGCUCCGCCCUGACGGGGGGGGGGGUCGUCGUCGAUCACUCGGUGUCUCGAAAAGCUCGACAAAGCGACCUUUAGAGAGAAACUUGCCUUCUUUUUGGGAACGGGUGACGUUUAAAGGAACAUUGCCAACAUUUGUCAUGCUCGUUUUUAUCCGGUAUCAAAGUGAAAUGGGGGUGCUGGGAUUUUCAGCACCCCCGUCCCUCCCCCCCCCCUCCUAUAUAUUCAAGAGUGUUCGAAUCUAUUAGUAACAAAUAGUAACGACAACGGCGACGAUGAAGAGGAGGAUAAUUGGUAGUGUAAAUAUUUUGUAUCGAAGGUGCCAGCUCUAACGGAGACACUGACUCAAACACACGUGGAAUCGUCAACUGUAUGCAUGGCUAGUGAAACAAAACGACAACAAGACAACAACAAAAAAAGGACUUUUAUCGUUUAAGAUUAAUAUAGGCUGUGGAAAUGUGCAAGCAGAACACAUACACGUCAGGAUCUGGACACUGUUUCAACUGUACAUCUAUGUUGCCACGGGAACCAGACUCCCCCCCCCCCCCCCGUGUUACCAUUUUCAUCGUUGAUUUUAUAUUUUUUUAUGUGACCAUUUACUCUUUAACCCCCCCCCUCCCCCCUCCCUAAAUGAAUGGUGACACUGUUUCAUUUGACACCUAAACAAAUAAAAGUGCG